AUGCUGUUGUUACUGUCACUGCCGCUGCUCCUGCCCUACCCGCCGCCACUGCUGCUGCUCCUGCUCCCCUUCUUACUGAUUUUCCUUUUGCUUCUGCUGCAUGACGGCUCUUUUCUCCUCCAUUUAAGCAGCCACCAGCCACAGACGCUCAAGGUGAGAAGCCAGCCUUUUCCUCUGGGCUGUUGGUUCACUUAA